CACAGCAGCAAGAAGUUAAUAGAUUACUGAUGAAAUGGUCAAAGGUCAAAGACAGAAACAAACUCACCUGAACAGGUGAUGAGGUUAACAGGAAGUACACACUCAACUACGCACAACUACAAACGGGUUCUCCUGUUGGUUCUCCUGCCGCUUCUCCUCCCAGUGAGUGACCAUGUUGAGAAGAACAGGAACCUUGGGAGGACGUUGCAGGUUUGAGCUUGAGCAGUGUCGUCACUCCUUCUCCCCUCCCCCCUCCCCUUCUGAGCUCCCUAGACUCUAUUACCCAGCAGGCAGCAGAAGCAGGAAGUACCGGGCGGGGCAGGAGGCGGGGCAGAUGAGCUUGGCUCAGAUCAACCACAUCUUAAAGGCCAACGAGUACAGCCACACCCUCCCCAGAGGCCCCGCCUCCCAUGGCAUCUUGGGUUUUCAUAGCAACAUGUUGCCAUCCAACCAUCCUGGCGAAGACCGCCGGAGCAGCGCCACCUGCCUGCCAGGUCGUGGCGGAGUGCUGUUUGGUGUGUUUGAUGGCCAUGCGGGGUCAGCCUGCGCUCACGCCGUCAGCCAGAGGCUCUUCUAUUACAUCGUCGUGGCAACGCUACCACUAAGGAUGCUGGAAGACCUCGAACGGGCGGUGGAGGAGGAACGGGCCGUACCGCCACUGCUAGAGUGGCACAAACACCCCCAAGACCACAGCUGCCCUGACGGAGGAACGAUCUCCUUCCACAGCCUUCGAAACUACUGGCAGGAGAGGCUGGAGGAUGAAGACGAGGACAAGGACGAGAAAGAGGAGCAGCAGGAGGACAGAGGCAGGGUGACAUCAGCACUGAUCAAUGCUUUCUGUCGCCUUGACUACGACCUGUCUGUGGAGGCCCAGGUCCACCUGUCCAUUUCUUCACCCAGGUGGGUGUCUGUCCCUGGGGAAGCAUCCUCUCUGUACUCCCCCCUCCGGGUUGCGCUGUCCGGCUGCACGGCUUGCAUCGCCCACGUCUCCAGGGGCGUCUUGCAUGUGGCCAACCUGGGUGACAGUCGGGCUGUCCUGGGCGUCCAGGAGCCGGGUGGACGCUGGUCGGCGGUCAGCCUCACCAAUGACCACAAUGCGCAGAAUCCAGAGGAGCUGCAAAGAAUUCUAGGAGAACACCCGCUGUCGGAGCGGAGGACGGUGGUGCGCCACGACCGCCUGCUGGGUCUGCUGCUGCCUUUCAGGGCAUUUGGUGACGUCCGCUUCAAAUGGAGCGCAGAGAUGCUGAGUCGGGUCUACGAGACGCGUCCAGACGUCCUGUCUGCAGUCAGCGAGGCCGCCCGGGCACUGCCACUGCACUACCUGACCCCACCCUACCUGAGCGCCCAGCCAGAGGUCACCUUACACCGCAUCAGACCCUCCGACAAGUUCCUGGUCCUGGCGACCGACGGACUCUGGGAGCUGAUGCAUCGACAGACGGUUGUCCAGCUGGUGGGGGAACAACUGACAGGUCUUCAGCAGCAGAGACCCAUAAUUCCUGGUGUGGGCAUAACACUGGGCGGCUUGCAGCGCCUCCUGCUGGAGAGGAGAGGGCGGGUCCUGUCAGUGCUGGAGGACCAGAACACUGCCACCCACCUGCUCCGCCACGCCCUGGGGGACGACGGCUAUGGAGCAGUGGCACCAAAUCGUCUGGCCAAGAUGUUGAGCCUGCCAGCAGAGCUGGCAAGGAGGUACCGCGAUGACAUCACCAUCACCGUCAUCCACCUGAAUGAGCCCGACCUUUAAUCAGAACACCUAAGGGAAUUCACCUGCUGGUAACCAGGAGACAAACAGGAAGUCUGUUACAUGCUGGUCUGUCCUGUUGCUCUGUGUCAGCUGAUGUUAAAUAAAUAUUCUGAUGUCAUCGUCUUAAA